AUGGCAGACUCUGAACUUGCAACCAGGGCUCCAGAAUCCGAUGCCAUGGAAACCCACGUCGAACCCUCCGCUAUCUCAUCUACAGAUUCGACGGCCCAAAUUGGCUUCAGCAUGGGGGAACACUGCGUAAGUGACCGCCCUGCACCGGGCAAUCGUCAGCCGUCCGGCGAAAUGUCCAAGAUGGGUGACGUCGAUGUCUACAUCUCGAAACCCGCCGACUAUCCAAACACUCCGGCCAAACUUCUCCUACUCCUCACCUCUGGUACUGGUGUGCACUCAGUAAACAAUCAGGUGCAAGCAGACAUAUUUGCUGCUGAAGGGUUUGUGGUGAUCAUGCCCGACCAAUUCAACGGUGAUCCGGCACCCAGCUCCAACAAGACCACGGUGCCCACAUCUCCCACCUCUACCGGGGAGCCACCACAAAGUCCCAGCCUUCUCGAGCGGAUAAAGCUUGGGGCCGCUGAGACGGCCAAAUCAUUCCUGGUGGAUAUGUGGCUCGCCCGCCAGACGCCGGAGAAAGUGUUUCCCAUUUUAGUCAAGGUGAUCGAGACAUGCAAGGACGAAUAUGCGGAUGCAGUCGCCCAUGGACAAGGGAUCUACAGCGUGGGAUACUGCUUUGGUGGAAAGUAUGUGAUUAUGCUCGCCGGAGAACAUCCUAGUCCUUCCCUGCAAGGGUCAGGGGGAAAGGAUGAGGAGCAGGGAAUGGUUCAGAAGGGGCCGCUUAUUAAGGCGGGCGCUGUGGCACACGCGACGUUGGUGACGCGCGAGGACUUCAAGGCUGUCAAGGCGCCUCUGACCAUAGUUUGUGUCGAGAACGACCCUCUACUCCCGGACGAAGUGCUGGAAGUUGGUCGGAAACAUCUUGCAGCCAGCAGCAUAGAGCAUGAGAUCAAAACAUACCCUGAGGUACCGCAUGGAUUUGCGGUCUAUGGGGACUAUGAUUCGCCUGUAAUCCAGAGAGCUCAGGAAGCGGCCUUUCAGCAAAUGCUGAACUGGCUGAAAGCGCACUAA